AUGCCCAGUCCGCCCAUGGUGUCUGGCCCCUCGACCAGGAUAGACCGCUUGCAGACAAUCCGAGAUACCUGGGGGCAGGACCUAAUGGAUGCUGGCGAAAACAGGUACGUCUUAGCACGAAUCUACGAAAUCUACGACCCGGACUUCCUCUUCUACUGCAACGAGCACACCUACGUUAUCGCGGAGAAUCUGCAGUGCUACACUAGGAGCCUGGAUCCGUCCGACCCUGUGUAUCUCGGGAAUCGGUUCCGCAGGGAAGGCGAGAAAAACCAGGGAAAAGCCCUUCUCAACUCCGGUGCGGCAGGCUUCGUUCUCAGCAGAGGAUCGCUCUCGUUGCUACACCAGGCGUGGCGUGGCGGCGAGGGCGGAGGGCGAGCGGAUAGUCUUGGGGGCUCCGUGGAUCACAGCGGGGGGCACAGUGAUGGGGAGGGAGAGGAGCGGGGGCCGCCGACUGAGUGCGUGGCCAAAUCCAACUACGAGCGGGGAAACCCGGGCAUCACCCUGGCUCGGUGCUUGGCACACCUAGGCGUUUACGCUAAGGACACGACGGGCAACCAAGGAGGGCAGCGGUUCAACGCGUACGGUCCAGUCCGUCUGGCGCAGGGGAAGAUCGACCAGUGGUACAAUGACGUUCACGCCUCGGAUCCAGGGAUGUGGCGAGCCGGCCCCGACUGCUGUUCUUCGGACACGAUCUCCUUCCACUACGUGGGACCAGCGGAAGCCAGAGCGAUGCAUCACAUCCUACACCACAGAGAGACCUACCUGACGGAGGGAUACGAGGAAGCUCUGAGCCUGUGGCCCGCUUCCGGAGAGUCCCUUGGCCCCUACGCCGCCCGCCCGAAGGCAGGGGACGAAACCUUCGACCUGCUCUUGAAGAAAAUACGAGUUUGUUCUGCGGCUUGA